AUGUCAAGAUCUUACACCAAUCUCUUCGAACUCGCUUCGGGUGAAGCCCCAUUACCAUCAUCCGGAUUUGGUCGCCACAUGGGAAAAAAACUUUCCCGUGUGGCGACCGUCCCAGGGGUAUUAUCGGAACUAGACGACGAAGGUUUUAGUUCCGAUGCCCCAUCAUCCGUUUCCCAGGAUCGAAUGAUCCUGGUCGGAAACCAACUCCCACUGCGGGUCCACAAGACCCACAGCGGGAGUUGGACAUUCAGUUGGGACGAAGACUCCCUUCUGUUACAACUCAAAGAUGGGCUCAAUGAAGACGUAGAAAUAAUCUACAUCGGUUGUCUCCGCGAAGAAAUCGACCCGAAAGAUCAAGAUGAUGUGGCGCAACAUCUCCUCGAAAAUUUCAAAUGUGUCCCCGCGUUUAUACCCCCGGAGCUUUUUAGCAAAUUUUACCAUGGGUUUUGUAAGCAACAUUUAUGGCCAUUGUUUCACUACAUGCUUCCGUUAUCACCGGACCUUGGGGGCCGGUUUGACCGGUCUCUUUGGCAAGCGUAUGUUUCGGUCAACAAGAUUUUCGCAGAUAAAGUUAUGGAAGUAAUUAGCCCGGAUGACGAUUUCGUUUGGGUACAUGACUACCAUUUAAUGGUUUUACCUACUUUUUUGAGAAAAAGAUUCAAUCGGGUCAAACUCGGGUUUUUUCUCCAUAGCCCGUUUCCGUCUUCCGAAAUUUACCGGACCCUACCGGUACGUGACGAGCUUUUGCGGGCCCUACUCAAUUCCGAUCUUAUCGGAUUCCAUACUUUUGAUUACGCCCGUCAUUUCCUUUCAUGUUGCAGUAGAAUGCUCGGGCUAUCUUAUCAAUCCAAACGAGGCUACAUCGGGCUCGAAUACUACGGUCGAACCGUAAGCAUCAAGAUUUUACCCGUUGGAAUCCAUUUAAAACAACUCCGGAAUGUUCUUGAUCUCCCGGAAACCGAGUCAAAAGUAGCCGAGUUACGCGACCGGUUUCACGGUCGAACCGUGUUGCUCGGGGUUGAUGACAUGGACAUAUUUAAAGGCAUAAGUUUGAAGCUUUUAGCUUUCGAGAAUUUGCUGACUCACCAUCCCGAAAAGAGGGGUAAGGUGGUUUUGGUUCAAAUCGCGAACCCAGCCCGCGGGCGUGGACGCGAUGUUCUUGAGGUGCAAUCGGAAACUCAUACGACCCGCGAACGGAUAAACCGGAAAUUCGGGCGACCCGGAUACGAACCCGUAAUUCUAAUCGAUAUCCCGCUUCAAUUUUACGAACGGAUCGCGUAUUAUGUCAUUUCCGAAUGUUGCCUCGUGACAGCUGUACGAGACGGAAUGAAUUUAAUCCCGUAUGAGUACAUCAUCUCUCGACAAGGGAACGAUAAGCUCGAUGAAACCCUAGGGGCGAAUCCGUCAAUUCCGAAAAAAAGCAUGCUCGUUGUAUCCGAAUUCAUCGGGUGUUCACCGUCUCUUAGUGGCGCGAUACGGGUCAACCCGUGGAACAUCGAUGCGGUUGCGGAGGCUAUGGAUAUGGCCUUGAUCAUUGCCGAACCCGAAAAACAAAUGAGGCAUGAAAAACAUUAUAGAUACGUCAGCACACAUGAUGUGGCGUAUUGGGCCCGCAGUUUUUGGCAAGAUCUAGAAAGAUCUUGUAGGGAUCAUGUGAGGAGAAGGUGUUGGGGGAUCGGCUUCGGGUUGGGUUUCCGGGUCGUCGCGUUGGAUCCAAACUUCCGGAAGCUUUCGGUUGAACAUAUCGUUUCGGCUUACAAACGGACUAAAAAACGCGCUAUUUUGUUGGAUUAUGACGGGACUAUAACGGUUCAAAAUUCAAUCAGCACCAACCCGAGUCCGGAAGUUUCCGGAAUGUUGAAUAGUUUAUGUAAAGACCCGAAAAACAUUGUUUUUAUUGUUAGUGGGAAAGAUCGGGCUACUUUGACCGAAUGGUUUUCAUCAUGUGAUAAUUUGGGUGUUGCAGCUGAACAUGGUUACUUCCUGAGGGAGAAUAAGGAAGCGGAAUGGGAAACUUGUAUUGCGGUUCCCGAUUUUUAUUGGAAACAGAUAGCCGACCCGGUUAUGAAAUUAUACACAGAAACAACAGACGGGUCGACAAUUGAGAUGAAAGAAAGCGGGUUGGUUUGGAACUAUCAAUACGCGGAUCCGGAUUUUGGGUCGUGUCAAGCUAAAGAGCUUUUGGAUCAUUUGGAAAGUGUUCUUGCUAAUGAACCCGUUACAGUCAAAAGUGGUCAAAAUAUUGUUGAAGUUAAACCACAAGGGAUUAACAAAGGGCUUGUUGUGGAUAGACUGUUGACAACAAUGAAAGAAAAAGGAAUGUUGCCUGAUUUUGUGCUUUGCAUAGGGGAUGACAGGUCAGAUGAGGACAUGUUUGAGGCGAUCACACGGGCGGUUGCGGGCCCGGCUCUGUCCCCGGUGGCGGAGAUAUUUGCUUGCACGGUGGGCCGAAAGCCCAGCAAGGCCCGAUAUUUUCUUGAGGACACAACCGAGAUUUUGAGAAUGUUGCAGGGACUUGCUGCUGCUUCGGAGAAUUGUAUGCUAAAGAAUGUAACAAAAGGUUUUCAGAAAGUGGUCAUGGAGUAAGGGGGAUUUACGGAAAUGCCAUUGUUAGUGUUUUUGGCUGUCGGAUUGCUUGUGAAUAAUUAUUAUCUUCUCCGAGGUCGAUAGGAGAGGUUUCGGUUUCAUGUUUAGAAGGUUUCUGUGAAAUUUGGUAUUUUGUUAUAGAGAGAGAGAGAGAGAGUAUGUAGUUGUGUAGUUUGUAGUUUGGACUUUUGAAGUAAAUAAGUUGGCUUUUGGUAAGUCAAACUUAUGGAUAUGUAUGGUCAAUGCGCUUUAUGUAUUGUUUUGGUCGUUUGAUAUUUUCAUUCUUAGAUUUUUGUUUAAGUAAUAUGAAAACGGAAAAGUGGAUGUAUGUCCUUGACAAUAUCAAGCUAGAAUAAUAACCAUUGAGAGUGUAUAUUGGCAAAAGACUAUACAACAAUUUCUCAAAUCUUUUGGAUAAUUACCCC